GUAUAAAAGUGUCGCUAUAAGGAAGAAAACGAGAUGAGUAAGGAAACGUCGCAGCGAGCGAGCGAGCGAUGGAAGAAGAAUAUUUUGAUUUCGAGAAGAAGGUUUCGAUAAAGGAGACGAUGUCGAUGGAGGUUGAUCCAGCCAAAGUCCUUCUUUUGCUUCGCGGUUUCCUCCAAAUUCAGCAACGCAGGGCCGAAGCAUAUUCCAAGCUCAAAUGUGGGUUUUCUGACUACAUGGCUUCUGGAGGGGAAUUGGCUUACAAGCAGCUCUGCAGUGAAAUCACGAUAGAGUUUAAUGAUUGCUCAAAAAAAGUCCUUGAAAUGGAGUCACUCUUUACAAGCCCUGAUUACUGCCGAGUCGAUCUAGCACAGCUCCUUAGAGCUGUUCAAGAUCAGGAAAAGCUGAAACUGCAACUAACUGCCACCAUCCAGGUGUUAAAGAAAGCCGGUCGCCCAUCUGAACGUCUGGUAAGCCAUGAGAAUUGCAAAUUUACAAAGCCAGCAGAGCAUGAGUGUGUUCAUGUUCAGGAGAUUACAGAAGCUUCUGGGACUGAAGAAGCAGAAGCAGAUGCUGAGUAUGACAAUGCUCUAAAAGAAGCUAUUAGAGGUGUCCAGGAUGCUGUCAUGGCCAUAAAUGAACCGACGUCAUUUUUUAUCUCCGGCGACGGCUCUGGGCGCAUCGCCGGCGAUUUUAGCCUUCGGUCUCUCCCGCAGGCGAGGUUGCUGCCGGGGGCGUAGGGCCUCUUCCUAGACGGAGAUCAAUCCCACUUGUGAAUUUUGCUGGUUGCUUCGUCUUCUUCUCUCCUAUCAGCAACCGUGACAGUGGUGGUUGUAGCGGUGGUGGUGGUGGUAGCGGUUGUGGUGGUGGCAAAGCUGUCGCUGAUGCUGCAUGUUUCUGAAAGCUGAGAAAUAACCUCGGAGACUUCUAUGGGAGGAGCCUUUGGCUUUGCUUCGAAAUUCAGAGGUGGGUCUUGAAUUAGAGGCAAAAGGGUCUUCGUUUCUGGCUUCAAAAUUGGAACUUGGUGAGGUUUGGAAAUUGGGGUCUCUGAAAGGACCUCUUUCACAGAUUCUUUUUCCAAGGGUGGUGGUGGUUUUUCUGAGUGGUUUUGUUGUUUUGGUUUUGGGUUUUGUUAUGUGUUUGCUUGGUGGGUGUGCUGAAGCAGCAACCAUUCGGGUUUGGGGUGGGAUGACACGUUAAAAAUUGCGAACUGUUUGACAUGCUUCUUACUAAUGGUCAAAGUUUAAUUAUGAUCUGAGAAUUAA